GGUGUAGGCGGAAGAGAAGGCCUGGGCCUCUGAGUCUGAUGCAGAGUAGCUGAGAGCUGCGAAAGGGAAUUUUUGUUUAGGGCUGGAUCUGUGGAGAUUUGGGUUUACAGAGAACACUCUGGCGCACCAAUAAAAGACGCUCAUAUUGUCUCUAACAAGAGACUGCCUUGCACUGCCCGUUUUUCUGGAGACUCCAUUGGCCCGGUCCAGCUUGGCACAAUACAGCCUAGUCCUGUCCAGUCCUGUCCUGUCCAGACGAGAGACCCUUCCUUCUCACCCACGCGGUUCUUCUCUCCACACACCCACUCCUCCAGAUCCCUCGGACCCACCCUUCCACCGGAGUUAGCCCAGCCUCCCCUCUCCUCUCCUGGGGUUAGCCCUUUCUGCACAGCAUGGCGGGUCGCGGAGGACCAGCACGGACCAAUGGGGCAGCCGCAGGCAACAAGAUCUGUCAGUUCAAGCUGGUGCUACUAGGGGAGUCGGCGGUGGGCAAAUCCAGCCUGGUGCUGCGCUUUGUCAAAGGACAGUUCCACGAGUACCAGGAGAGCACCAUCGGAGCUGCGUUUCUCACACAGACUGUUUGUUUGGAUGACACAACAGUAAAGUUUGAGAUUUGGGACACGGCAGGGCAGGAGCGCUACCACAGUCUGGCCCCCAUGUACUACAGAGGAGCGCAAGCAGCCAUCGUAGUCUACGACAUCACCAACACAGACACAUUCACCCGUGCAAAGAACUGGGUGAAGGAGCUGCAGAGACAGGCUAGUCCCAACAUAGUCAUCGCCCUGGCGGGGAACAAGGCCGACCUCGCUAACAAGAGAGCCGUAGAUUUCCAGGAAGCACAAGCCUAUGCAGACGACAAUAGCCUGCUCUUCAUGGAAACUUCUGCAAAAACUGCAAUGAACGUCAAUGAGAUUUUCAUGGCCAUAGCAAAGAAACUGCCGAAGAAUGAACCACAGGGCGGCGCUGGAGCUGGCGGACGCGCCAGGGGCGGAGUCGACCUUCAGGAGGCGGCCCCUCAGAGCAGAAGUGGCCAAUGCUGCAGCAGUGGGAACUAACUCCUCGACCAAUCACAGGCCAGCGAUAAACAAAAUGACCGAGAGUAUCAAGAGGCACACCAACAGACAGUAUCAAUGGAUAAACACAUACAUACACGCAUCUGUGUGAAUCAUCAGUUUGAAAUGACUGUCAAUCGAGUCCACAUCAAAAUUACCAUUUUGUAGAGUAAAACACAUAUCUGUACACACGUAAUGGCCAUUUAUUCCAAAUCCAAAUUUCCCCAUAUGCAGUGGGAUAUUGUCAGACCAAUAAACUAGCCAACUGGGUUUAUGAAUUGAUCUUUUGAUAUCGAAAGUGACAGUGUCUGGAUAGUCUGCAAGCAAACAAACAAACACAAACACAUAAACCAACCCAGCUGACUGUCUGUACAGAGCACACACACACUUUCAUACUCCCAUCAGACAUACACACACACACACAUACAUGUGCGCUAGAUAUAGACCAUCAACAAACAAAAAUGAAACACAAGUCCUGCUCCACUGGAUAUGUGAAUAAUUGGAACCAGUCGCACUUCAGGGCCUCAUGCUCUUCUCUGUGUCUGUGUCUUUCCUUUUAAAGAGAAAAGAAAAUCACAAACAACACAGCUGAAAGGAAUAACAGACACCCUCCCUUCCUCCCUCCCUCCCUUACUCUUUCUUUCUCCAUCUCCGUCUCUUGGCCUUCUGUCAUUGGUUCAGCUUCCAUUUUGCCACAGUAUUUCAAUGAUAUUUUCAGCUACCCUAAGAUCUUCCCACCCAUCCCUCGUUUCUCCUGGGUGGGUGCAUGUAGCCAAAUGAUUACGCUUUCCCUUCCGUGACCCUCUCCUCUUUUUCUUUUUCUAUCAUUUCUCAUGCGGGAUGAGUGGAAUGAGGUUUAUUUUUUUUGUUUGUUUUUGUUUUUGUGUAUAUGAUUUUUCUUGAGAGAGGGAUAGAAGAUGGUGGGGGUUGUUUUUUUUCCUUUCAGGUCUUGUAGAUUCUGUAUUAUUUCGUUGUCUUUAUUAAUGUUGUUAUAAUGAUUAUCUUUGUCAUAUUACUACUACUACUACAUUUCUGGCACAAACAAAUGGAAUAUGAUUUCAUAGGCUAGACCUUCUUUAUAUUUUUGUGCGUUCUGUUUUUUCCCCAAUCAUGUACCAGAUAUGAAACUAUAUGCAUAGUGCAUUAACAAUUGUUAUUACACAAAUGGCAUUUUAGCAUUAAUAAAUCUUUUUUUAAUCAUUCAGAUAUGAAAUUACAGAUGUGAAAUUGAAAUAACAACAUAGUCAGACCAGAUUUCUUCUCUCUUUGACCAAAAUCACGAUUAUGUGUAUUGAGAAAAAAAUAUGAUGUUGUAUUUGUACAAUGUAUUUUUGAACAGCACUUUACACCUGAAGGGCCCAGCCACAGGGUACUGAGGCCUCCAUUGUUGAGCUUCACCCCACACCUUCAUAAGAUCUACUUAAUCAUUAAAACAGCGAUGACUGACUAUGGGAAUGGGGUGCCAGGACAUUGUUAUUGUCAGGAAAAUAAGGCCCUUUUUGCCGGUUCAGUUUGACGUAGCCACCAUUGUUCAUGUUCUACCGAUGAACAUGCACGUUAUUGCUUGACAAUACAUAGCAUAGCUUUUGUGUCGGAGACGCCCUUCAAGUAAAGUGCUACUGUAUUUUCUUUCUCCUCUUCAUACAUGUAACCAAUCAGUAGUAAUUGUCAAUACAGUACCUUCCCAAUAUAAAA